GAAUGUUUAUAUUGACAAAGAUAAUAUAAACCAUAAUACACCAUUAGAAGGAGGACAUAGAUCACAAAUUAGUUAAUAGCGAAUGCCAUCAAUUCAAAGCAUAUUUAAGAUUAGUCAUUGAGAGACUGAAAUGCCACCUCAUCGCAGGAGGCGCCUGGCAGGGAUGGAGCUGGUGCGGGCCUGGAAGUAGAUGUCCUGGUUCUACUACCAACACCUGCUGGUCACAAUGCUGUACAUGCUGGAGCCCGAGGAGCAGAGGGUGUUCAAUUCCACGCUGGUUUCCAGAUACGCAGGAUACAUCUUCAUGACCCAGCACAUCAUGGCGAUAUUGCACCACUUUGAAAUUGUACAAUAA